AUGGCCAACCACCGCGCUGACGAAAAGCGUUUCCUCGACGAGCGCGGCUCUGGAGGACCCCUCGCGCCUAAUGGCCUGAACCCGGCCACGAUCAUGGAGAAGCCCGUCCGCGAGCGCAUCGUCGACUGCUACUUCUGGAAAGACCAAUGCUUCGCCGUGAACGAGGCCGACAUUGUGGACCGCGUCGUCGCGCACGUCACCUUCAUCGGCGGCACGUACGGCGACGCGCAGCGGCCCUCGCCCUUCCUCUGCCUCGCCUUCAAGCUCCUGCAGCUGGGCCCGACGGACGAGAUCCUGACCGAGUAUCUCGAGUAUGGGGGCGAGAAGUUCAAGUACCUGCGGGCUCUGGCGAUGUUCUACAUCCGGCUCACGAGGCAGGCGAAGGAUGUGUAUCGGCUGCUCGAGCCGUUCUUGGCGGAUUAUAGGAAGUUGAAGAGGAGGGGGCGGAUGGGGACGAGCUUGACCUACGUGGAUGUAUUUGCGGAUGAGCUGCUGGUGAAGGAUAGGGUGUGCGGUACGACGUUGUGGAAGAUGCCGAAGAGGGAGAUACUGGAGGACCUGGAUGUAUUGGAGCCGCGAGUCAGUGCUCUCGGGGAGGAUAUCGAUGCGCUGCUAGAGCAGAGUGACGAGAUGAAUGGCGGAAACGGUGAUAGGAGCGGUAGCGAGAGGAGUAGGAGUCCUGGAUCCGAGUUCGGGGAGGUCACGCCAGAUGAGAGAGAUGAGAUGGAGCUUGAUGGAAGGGAGAAAAGUACCAAUGGAGACUCGUGA